AUGGUUUCUGGUCCUUCGUAUUUCUCGGCGAUGGAGGUGGAGCUUUGUGAGGGCACCAAAGAGCUGAUGGGAAACCUCCAUUCCCGGCCUAGUCUGGCGGCAGAGCCGGCGCAAGGAAGAAUCGACUAUGGGGGGUUUGUGCCUCGUGUUUUUGCAGAAGGAGAGCCUCACGACGGAGAAAAGCGGUCCAAGAGGGGGCCUUGA